AUGGAGAGAGUUGGAAUAUUUGAUCUUGACUGGAGUUUUGAAGCAGGAAUUACUGAUGUCAAAGUCGAGUUUACACCAAUAAUUGUUGAAGAAAAUGCUUCAGAAAAUAUGAAUACCAUGAGUGCUUGUCUAGAUGAAGCUGAUUUUGGAAUCGGAUUUGAUGUCAACUCAUCCAUUUUCAAGGAUGUAGAAAGUUUCUCAAAAGCUAUCCAGAGGCCAAAAGAAAAGCGUAAAAGAAAUCAAAAAGAAUGUGAUGUUUGUGGGUUUGUUUCAGCUACAAAAUCAUGCUACUGGUCCCAUAAACAAACUCAUUUAAUUGAUAAAGCCUACAAAUGCAAGUAUUGCACAAAAUCAUUUGCGAAAAAAGAAAGUCUUAUUAUGCAUACGUUCAUACAUACUGGAAAAUAUGCUUAUAAAUGCGAUUUCUGCAAUAAACAAUUUAGAAGCAACUGGGGUAGAAAUCUUCACAUUCGAACCCACACUGGAUACAAGCCACACGUUUGCCAAAUUUGUGGUAGAGCUUACUCGGGAUCUGGUGAUUUAGGAAAACAUUUACGAGCACAUGCAAAUAUAAAACCAUAUAAAUGUGAACAUUGCAGCAAAGCAUUCUCAAGUAAUUACAAAUUAAAACUCCACAUGACUGUACAUUCAAAUGAAAGGCCACAUGAAUGUGAAGAAUGUGGGAAAAAAUUUAAAACUAAAGAAAGCUUGCGUGCACAUGUGAAGACUCACACAAGUUCAAACAUAUACUCAUGCCCAAUCUGUCAAAAAUCAUUUACGAAGCAUUUUAACUUUGUAUCUCAUUUUAAGGUGCAUUCUGAUGAGAGACCAUUUUCCUGUGAGAUUUGUGCGAAGUCCUUCAAAUGCUCAGGAGAUCUCCAGAGACAUCUGAAGGUAGUACAUACUAAUGAGCGACCUUAUAAAUGCAAACUUUGUGAAAAAUCUUACAAAAGAAAUACACAUCUGAAAAGCCAUUUUAUGAAAAAACACGUUGGUAUUAGAAAUUUUGAAUGUGAGGUUUGCAAAAAAAAAUUUUUUGAAAAUUCCUCGCUGCGUUUGCACAUGAGAACUCAUUUGAAUGAGAAACCAUUCUCAUGUCUUAUCUGUAAUAAAUCCUUUGUAGAUAAGUCACAAUUAAUGAUUCAUCAAAGAAUUCACACAGGAGAAAAACCUUAUGAAUGCAAAGAAUGUGGGAAAAGAUUCAGACAAAGUAAUCAGUUGAAAGCCCAUCAAAACAGGCACAAGUUGGAGAAGACUGGCGAAAAGCCAUUUAUGUGUGUAAUAUGUGGGAAAUCGUUCGCUUUAAAAUAUUACUUAGAAUUGCAUUUGAAGAUCCAUACAGACGAUAGACCAUAUUCAUGUGAAUUAUGUGGGAAAUUAUUUCGAGAAAAAAGUAAUUUGAAAACUCAUAUGAGAGUUCACACUGGAGAAAAACCGUAUCAAUGUAGAAAUUGUGGAAAAAGUUUUUCACAGCAAUCACAUCUCGGAAUACAUGUUAAUAAAGAAGUAUGCUAUCGCAAAAAUGAAGAGUUGAAUAAUGCUUACGAACCUAGGAUCAAUAUGGAAAGAGUUGGAAUAUUUGAUCUUGACUGGGAUAUUGAAGCAGCAAUAACUGAUGUUAAAGUCGAGUUUACACCAAUAAUUGUUGAAGAAAUUGCUCCAGAAAAUAUGAAUAACACAAGUGUUUGUCCAAAUGAAGCCGAUUUUAGAAUUGGAUAUGACGGUGACCCCUCCAUUUUCAAGGAUGUCGCAAGUUGCUCGGAAUCUAUCCAAGGACCAAAGCAAAAAUUUGGAAGAAUCUCUACAGAAUGUGAAGUUUGUGGAUUUGUUUCAGCUUCAAAAUCAUGCUAUUGGUCCCAUAAACAAACUCAUUUAGUUGAUAAAGCCUACAAAUGCAAGUAUUGCACAAAAUCAUUUGCAAAAAAGGAAAGUCUUGUCGUGCAUACAUAUAUACAUACUGGAGAAUAUGCUUAUAAAUGCGAUUUCUGCAAUAAACAAUUUAGAAGCAACUGGGGUAGAAAACUUCACAUCCGAAGUCACACUGGAUACAAGCCACAUGCUUGCCAAAUUUGUGGUAGAGCUUUUUCUGCAUCUAGUGAUUUGGGAAAACAUUUACGUUUACAUGCGAAUAUAAAGCGAUAUAAAUGUGAAUUAUGUAAUAAAUCAUUUUCGAAUUUUUAUAAAGUCAAACUUCACAUGUCUGUGCAUUCCAAUGAAAGGCCAUAUGAAUGUAAAGAAUGUGGAAAACAUUAUAAAAAUAAGGAAAACUUGUUAACUCAUUCAAAGGCUCACACAGAUUCAAAAAUAUUCUCAUGCACAAUCUGUCAGAAGUCGUUCGUAAGGAAAAAUCAACUGGUUGCGCACCUAAAAGUACAUUCAAAUGAAAAACCAUUUUCAUGUGAAAUAUGUGGAAAGGAUUUUAAACGAUCAGGAGAUCUUAGGAAACAUGUAAAUACGCAUUUGAAUGAGCGACCUCAAAAAUGUGAUUUAUGUGACAAAACGUACAAAAAAACGUCCCAUCUGAAAGCACAUAUUGAAAUGUAUCAUAUGAGAAUAAGAGAUUUUGAAUGCGAAGUCUGUGAAAAGAAGUUCUUCACAAGUACUCUACUACGUAUACACAUGAGAAGUCAUUCAAAGGAGAAGCCGUUUUUGUGUCUUGUGUGUAAUAAAUCAUUUACAAGUAAACAUAAUUUAGAAAUCCACCAUAGAAUUCACACAGGUGAAAAACCAUAUGAAUGUAAAGAAUGUGGGAACAAAUUUCGUCAGAAAAGCCAAUUAAACACUCAUAUAAACAACCACAAACUGGAGAAGACCGGCGAGAGACCUUUUAUUUGUACAUGGUGUGGAAAUUCAUAUAAAACAAAGAGCUACCUAAACACACAUUCAAAAAUCCAUACAGAUGAAAAACCAUAUUCAUGUGAAAUUUGUGGGAAUACCUUUCGUCUUAAAAGUAAUUUGGAAAUUCAUUUAAGAGUUCACACUGGAGAAAAGCCAUAUCAAUGCACAAACUGUGAAAAAUGUUUCGCACAUUCGAGAACUAUGAAAAAACAUGUGAUAAAUCAAGUGUGCAUUAAAUAAAGCAGGAGUGUACAACCUGUGGGCCAAAUGCCACAAGGAAAAUUGUUGUGUAUCCAAUUUAUCAUCUAUGCAUAUGAGGUUGCAAUGCCGUAACAGCUAGCUUAUGCGAAGCGCAUGUCACAAGAUCAAUAACCCAAAUGUUUGAGCCUGCAACUACUGGAAAGCCUAUGUUAAAUAGAGGUGCGGGCUGCUAGUUAUUUUGAUCACACCCCUGAGAUAAAGUGUAUUAUAGAAAUCAUGUGUAAUUAGCUUAGUCUGCCUAAAAUCUUCGACCACGUGUCCUGUUUUGGAGCUUAUGAGAUCGCUGGAUUAAAUGUAUUGUGAAUAAAUUUGUGAAUGCUAAUGAGAAAUUAUGAACACAUGUGUUAAAGAGUGUUGUCUUCUAAAUAUAAGUUUGGAGGAUGUAAGGCGACUCACUGUUAAUGCAAACCUCGGGACUCUGGUCCGCUAAAUGCUCUUUACGAAAAUAGUUGACUUCAGUCAACAGCUAAUCGUUUAUUGAGCUUCAUAUAUAAUAAUACAAAUGACAACAAACGCAGAAAGUUGAUGCUGAGUGUGGUGGGUUUGAUGGUGCAGAAAAUAUUUAAUACAAUGAGAAAAUAAAAUCUAUAUUCCAUUUGACAGAUUAUUACUGCUUGAUAUUUAUAUAAAGUAUCUUCCUGAAGCAGAACUCGAUCCAAAUUUGACAAAUGAUGCAGAAAAUUUUACAUUGAUGUUUGGAAGUACA